CCUCUGUUUGGUCGCAACGUGCCCCUGUCCAGCGGCUCAGGCUUCAUCAUGUCAGAGGCCGGCUUGAUCAUCACCAACGCCCACGUGGUGUCCAGCACCAACACUGUCUCCGGCCGGCAGCAGCUCAAGGUGCAGCUGCAGAACGGUGACAGCUACGAGGCCACCAUCAAGGACAUCGACAAGAAGUCGGACAUCGCCACCAUCAAGAUCCACCCCAAAAAAAAGCUGCCGGCCCUGCUACUGGGCCGCUCGGCAGACCUGCGGCCCGGCGAGUUCGUGGUGGCCAUCGGCAGCCCCUUUGCCCUGCAGAACACUGUGACCACGGGCAUCGUCAGCACGGCCCAGCGGGACGGCAAGGAGCUGGGCCUCCGGGACUCGGACAUGGACUACAUCCAGACAGAUGCCAUCAUCAACUACGGGAACUCCGGGGGACCACUGGUGAACCUGGACGGCGAGGUCAUUGGCAUCAACACACUCAAGGUGGCAGCCGGCAUCUCCUUCGCCAUCCCCUCGGACCGCAUCACGCGCUUCCUCACGGAGUUCCAGGACAAGCACGUCAAAGGUACAGCGUUGCCCUGGGGGCUGCUGAGCCCCCUCACCAGCAGUUCAUUGAGAGCAGGGGCCUUCCUCAUGCUUGCCUGAUCCUCCACAAUCCCACCAGCCAAGCACACGGAGCCCAGUGCAGCCAAGACCAGUGCCAUGAGGACUGGUCAUGCGAAGAACCACUGUUGAGGACUCCAUUGGGUUCAUCGGGGUCCCUCAUGUGAAGAUGGCCUGGAGCCAGGGUAGAGCCAGUCUUCCCUGAAGAAGCUCAACGCUUCUUCUAUUGGACAGGGGGGCAUCAACCCCACAUCUUUUCUCCUUGGCUGCUAGGAAGCGCAGAACUUAACCCAGGGUUGCACCUUCAUACCUGUCAUAGCCUUGGUGCUUUCUCUAAUAAAUGAGCUUUUCUAGUGUAA